AUGGCACCUCUACCCAUCAAGUUCACAGAACUCAUCAACUUGACCAACGUUGGAAUUGCGCAACCAUCCAUUGGCUUCACCUCAUGUACCCUUGAAUCCGAUCACUAUGUCUGUGUUCGCCAGAAGCUCGACGAAGAUGAGAAGCCCCAGGUUAUCAUUGUUGAUUUGAAAAACAACAAUGAUGUGAUGCGGCGACCAAUCAAUGCCGACAGUGCGAUCAUGCACUGGAGCAAGAACAUCAUUGCGCUGAAGGCCCAAGGCCGAACAAUUCAGAUCUUUGACCUCGCUGCAAAGCAAAAGCUGAAGUCUGCCGUCAUGAAUGAAGACAUCGUUUACUGGAAAUGGUUCAGCGAGAGGUCCUUGGGUUUGGUCACCGAGACUUCCGUCUACCAUUGGGACGUUUACGACGCGACGCAGCAGAACCCCGUCAAGAUGUUUGAUCGCCUACCUAACCUCUCGGGAUGCCAAAUCAUCAACUACCGCGUCAACGCUGAGGAGAAGUGGAUGGUCGUCGUGGGUAUCAGUCAACAACAGGGUCGAGUCGUUGGAUCAAUGCAACUCUACUCCAAGGAGCGCGGUAUUUCGCAGUUCAUUGAGGGUCACGCCGCGGCGUUCGCCGACAUCAACGUCGAAGGCUCCCCUCUGCCUCACCAUCUCUUCACCUUUGCAGUUCGAACCCAAACCGGUGCGAAGCUCCAGAUUGCCGAGAUUGAUCACCAAGAACCCAAUCCUCGUUUCCAGAAGAAGGCCGUCGAAGUCUACUUCCCACAAGAGGCCGUGAACGACUUCCCCGUUGCCAUGCAGGUUUCCACCAAGUACGACAUCGUCUACCUGGUGACCAAGUACGGUUUCAUCCACCUCUACGACCUCGAGACCGGUACCUGUAUCUUCAUGAAUCGCAUUUCCAGUGAGACCAUCUUCACCACCGCUGCCGAUACCGAGGGUGCUGGUCUCGUGGGCGUGAACCGCAAGGGUCAGGUCCUCUCCGUUAGCGUGGAUGAGAGCACCGUGAUUGAUUAUCUCAUGAACAACCCGGCCAUGUCGGGUCUCGCGGUCAAGCUCGCUUCCCGGGCUGGACUCCCCGGAGCCGAUCACCUUUACCAGCAGCAGUUCGACACCCUUCUGAGUGCGGGCAACUUCACGGAAGCUGCCAAGGUUGCCGCCAACUCUCCCCGAGGAUUCCUUCGCACGCCAGAGACCAUUUCUCGCUUCAAGAAUGCCCCCCAGACCGGUCAGAUGUCUGUCAUUCUUCAGUAUUUCGGUAUGCUGCUGGAUAAGGGCUCCCUGAACCGCUACGAGAGUGUGGAGCUUGUUCGCCCAGUCCUUCAGCAAAACCGCAAGCACUUGUUGGAGAAGUGGAUGUCCGAGAAGAAGCUGGAGGCGUCCGAGGAGCUUGGUGAUAUCAUCCGGCCUUAUGACAUGAACCUCGCUCUGAACGUCUACCUAGAGUCGAAUGUUCCUCACAAGGUGGUUGCUGGAUUCGCCGAGACUGGUCAAUUUGACAAGAUCCUUGCCUACUCCAAGCAGGUCGGCUAUCAGCCUGAUUACACUCAGCUCCUGCAGCACAUUGUGCGAGUUAACCCUGAGAAGGGUGCCGAGUUUGCGACUCAGCUCGCCAAUGAGGAGGGUGGCGCACUCGUUGACCUCGACCGAGUUGUGGAUGUUUUCCUGUCUCAAAACAUGAUCCAGCAGGCGACUUCAUUCCUUCUUGAUGCGCUCAAGGAUAACAAGCCCGAGCACGGUCAUUUGCAGACUCGCCUUCUCGAGAUGAACCUCGUGAACGCUCCCCAGGUUGCGGACGCCAUUCUUGGCAAUGAGAUUUUCACGCACUACGAUCGCCCACGCAUCUCACAGCUCUGCGAGGGUGCUGGUCUUGUCCAGCGUGCGCUCGAGAACUCUGACGAUCCGGCCGUGAUCAAGCGCAACAUUGUCAAGACGGAUAAGCUGAGCAACGAAUGGUUGAUGAACUACUUUGGUCGUCUCUCUGUUGAGCAGACCCUGGAGUGCUUGGACUUCAUGCUCGAGGCCAACAUUCGCCAGAAUUUGCAGGCCGUCGUCCAGAUUGCCACCAAGUUCUCUGAUCUGCUCGGACCCAACCGCCUUAUUGAUCUGCUCGAGAAGUACCGUACCGCUGAGGGUCUCUACUACUACCUUGGCAGCAUUGUCAACCUCAGUGAGGAUCCCGACGUCCAUUUCAAGUACAUUGAGGCUGCUACCGCGAUGAGCCAGAUCACCGAAGUCGAGCGCAUCUGUCGGGAGAGCAACUACUACAACCCAGAGAAGGUCAAGAAUUUCUUGAAGGAAGCUCAUCUGACCGAGCAGCUUCCUCUCAUCAUUGUCUGCGACCGGUUCAACUUCAUCCACGAUCUCGUUCUCUACCUUUACCAGAAUCAGCAGUUCAAGUCUAUCGAGGUCUAUGUUCAACGAGUCAACCCCUCUCGGGCCCCCGCGGUUGUCGGCGGCUUGCUGGACGUCGAUUGCGACGAGAGCAUCAUCAAGAAUCUUCUCACCACCGUGGACCCGGCUGUGAUUCCCAUUGACGAGCUCGUGUCUGAGGUCGAGAGCCGCAACCGUCUCAAGCUGUUGCUCCCCUUCCUCGAGGCGACCCUUGCCACUGGCAACCAGCAGCAGGCUGUCUACAAUGCGCUUGCCAAGAUCUACAUUGACAGCAACAACAACCCCGAGAAGUUCCUCAAGGAGAACGACAUGUACGACACUCUGACCGUCGGAAAGUACUGCGAGAAGCGUGACCCCAACUUGGCCUUUAUUGCUUACAGCAAGGGUCAGAAUGACUUGGAGCUCAUCAGCAUCACCAAUGAAAACUCCAUGUACCGUGCCCAGGCUCGUUACUUGGUCGAGCGCGCUGAUCCUGAAAUCUGGACCUUUGUCCUGAGCGAGAACAACAUGCACCGUCGAUCUCUUGUCGAUCAGGUCAUUGCGACCGCAGUACCCGAGUCCACCGAGCCUGACAAGGUCUCGGUCGCUGUGAAGUGCUUCCUUGAUGCUGACCUGCCUGGCGAGCUGAUUGAGCUGUUGGAGAAGAUUAUCCUGGAGCCCUCCCCCUUCAGUGACAACACCAGUCUGCAGAACCUGCUGAUGCUGACUGCUGCCAAGGCCGACAAGAGCCGUCUCAUGGACUACAUUCACCAGCUGAACGAAUUCUCUGCCGAUGAGAUCGCCGAGAUGUGUAUCCAGGUUGGCCUUUACGAGGAGGCGUUUGAGAUCUACAAGAAGGUUAACAACCAGCUCGCUGCUGUUAAUGUCCUCGUUGAGAACAUUGUCAGCAUUGAUCGGGCUCAAGAGUUUGCCGAGCGUGUUGAGCUCCCCGAGGUCUGGAGCAAGGUCGCCAAGGCCCAGUUGGACGGCCUGCGUGUCACCGACUCCAUUGAAUCCUACAUUCGCGCCAAUGAUCCUUCCAACUACAACGAGGUGAUUGAGAUUGCGACCCACGCCGGCAAGGAUGAAGAUCUCGUCAAGUUCCUGCGCAUGGCCCGCAAGACCCUGCGUGAGCCCGCGAUUGAUACUGGUCUCGCCUUUUGCUUUGCCCGCCUUGACCAGCUUGCGGAGCUUGAGGACUUCCUCCGCUCAACCAACGUCGCCGACAUUGAAGCUUCGGGAGACAAGGCCUAUGAGGAGGGAUACCACCAGGCUGCCAAGAUCUUCUACACCAGCGUUUCCAACUGGGCCAAGCUUGCCACCACCCUUGUCCACCUGGAGGAAUACCAGGCUGCCGUCGAGUGCGCACGCAAGGCCAACAGUGUCAAAGUAUGGAAGCAGGUCAACGAGGCCUGUGUGAACAAGAAGGAAUUCCGUCUCGCCCAGAUUUGCGGUCUCAACCUGAUUGUUCACGCCGAAGAGCUUCAGACCCUUGUCCGUCAGUACGAGCGAAACGGCUACUUUGAUGAGCUCAUCUCCGUUCUCGAGGCGGGUCUUGGUCUCGAGCGUGCCCACAUGGGAAUGUUCACUGAACUGGGUAUUGCUCUGUCCAAGUACCACCCCGACCGCGUGAUGGAGCAUCUGAAGCUGUUCUGGUCUCGUAUCAACAUCCCCAAGAUGAUCCGUGCUUGCGAGGAGGCCAACUUGUGGCCUGAGCUGGUCUUCCUGUACUGCCAUUACGAUGAAUGGGACAAUGCAGCUCUCGCUAUGAUGGAGCGUGCAGCCGAUGCCUGGGAGCACCACUCCUUCAAGGAUAUCAUCGUCAAGGUUGCCAAUCUGGAGAUUUAUUACCGUGCCCUCACUUUCUAUCUCCAGGAGCAGCCCCUCCUCAUCACCGACCUGCUCCAGGUUCUCACUCCUCGCAUCGACGUCAGCCGUGUGGUCCGCCUGUUUAAGGCCUCCGACAACAUCCCUCUGAUCAAGCCGUUUAUGCUCAAUGUUCAGAGCCAAAACAAGCGUGCGGUGAAUGAUGCGAUCAACGAGCUUCUCAUUGAGGAAGAGGACUACAAGACUCUCCGUGACUCGGUUGACAACCACGACAACUUCGAUUCUGUCGAGCUGGCGCAACGUCUCGAGAAGCACGAGCUCAUCUUCUUCCGUCAAAUUGCCGCCAGCAUCUACCGCAAAAACAAGCGGUGGGAGAAGUCCAUUGCGCUCUCCAAGCAAGAUAAGCUUUACAAGGAUGCCAUUGAGACCGCCGCCAUCUCUGCCAAGCCGGAGGUGGUUGAGGACCUUCUUCGAUACUUUGUUGAUAUCGGUAGCCGCGAAUGCUACGUGGGCAUGCUCUAUGCUUGCUACGACCUGAUUCGCCCUGACGUGAUCAUGGAGAUUUCAUGGCGCAAGGGUCUGCACGACUUCACCAUGCCCUUCAUGAUCAACUUCCUGUGCGAGCAAACGCGCACGAUCGAGAUGCUCAAGAAGGAUAAUGAAGAGCGCAAGAACCGGGAGAAGACUCAACGCGUUGAGGAGGAUAACACCCCUAUCCUGGGUGGCUCCCGACUGAUGCUCACGCAGGGCCCGGCAGCUCCGGCUAGUCCAAUGCCUUAUGGCCAGCCCACCGGGCUCGCCCCGCAAGCGACCGGUUAUCGUGGAUUCUGA